UGCGUUGACCGUGCGACCCUCGAUGCCGACGAGACCAUUCGGAAAGUCCAACAGCCGAUCCAGAUUGUGAGUGAAAGUAAGUGUCCUGCAGUGUCCGAAGAGAUGGCGAUUAGUGGCGUGGUAGCGUUGGGUUUGGCGUUGGGAUGCUGUUUGGUGGUCGUGAACGCCGACGUUCGGUUCCACCUCAGCGACCAGAACCUGGCGUUGGCCGCAAGUGGCCUUGGUCGACCCGUCUACAAGACGACUUCACGUAUCGUCGGCGGGUCGAUAGCCUCCGAGGGACAGUUCCCUUAUCAGGUUGCCCUCCUGCGCGGGUCGUCCCUUUCCUGCGGGGGCUCCAUCAUCGAUGCACGCUGGGUUCUGACAGCGGCCCACUGCGUGUACAGUGGCAGUGCCGUUGUGGCGGCAUCCGCCAUCACGGUGCUGGCCGGAACGACCAACCUGAACUCUGGCGUUCGCCGAGCCGUUGUGCGCGUUGUGCCUCACGAACGGUACGGCAACUUCCGGAACGAUGUCGCGCUCCUGCAGCUGCAGCAACCGUUGGUCACGACGGCCACCAUCCGUCCGAUUGCGCUGCGCACCAGCAGUGUGCCGACCGGGAGCGAGGUCAUCAUUUCAGGCUGGGGUCGCAUCUUCCAGGGUGGACCGGUUUCGUCGGUCCUGCGCUACAAUCGCGCCAAUGUCUUGGAUGACCAGCGAUGCCGGGCGGUUACCGGGAUCUCCAGUGGGCUGGUGUGCCUCAACUCACCACUCAAUAACGGGGCGUGCAAUGGUGAUUCCGGUGGACCGGCGGUGUGGAGCAAUCAGCUGGUCGGUGUUGCCAACUUCAUCAUCAGCGCCUGCGGUUCGAGCAAUCCGGACGGGUACGCGCGGGUUUCCGACUUUGUUCCGUGGAUUCAGACAACGAUGCGCCGAUAUUAGGCUCGAGUGUGGAAAUAAAAAUUAUUGUAUUGCCUUCG